AUGUAGAAUGCUGUUUUAUCUGAGGAAGUGGGUCGUCUAAUGGCCUAGGUUCCGCCUUUGAUUGAACCGGUAGGAGCAACUCUCUUCCAAAGUGCAAAUUAAAAUCCUUCCAUUAAUGAGUGUUGCUAAUUUGGUUCUCCUUCUAAAAAAAUCAAGAAAGAACAGAAGGGAUAAGACAAAUUAAAGAGUUCCAACAAGAAGAAUACCAGAGGAAGUAGAGGUCAGAAAAGAAAGAUUAAAACCUCAAAUGAGUAUUAUUAAACAUUUAAACAUUUAUAUAUUUUAGAUAUGGAAGGUAUAUUCAUUAAGAUGUUGUUCAUUUACUUAUGGAUAUUUUAAGUCAUAUUUACUUUUAAUAUAAAGUUUACGAUAUCAUUUUAGUUUAUUGAUAUAACUAGCAAUACUACUUAAUUCAUGGCAUCCAGUCUUGAUUGCUUUUUAUCUGAAGUUUCUGAAAUUGAACUCAUUUAUAUAAGAAUUAUUGCUACUAUUUUAUUGAUACUGAAUCAUUUUGAUAGGUUAUCAAAUAUAUAUAUUAGCCACUUAAACAAAUUUCUAAACCUAAAUUAUUUCGAAUGA